CCUCCACCAUCCUCAUCUUCAUCAACCAGUCCACAGCUCAGGCGCCAUGCAGACCCCUGAAGCAGGCGCUGACUCCACCUCCACUGUCCCUCUUCAGACCACCGUGCCUGUCCAGCCUACCGGCUCCACCCAGCAGGUGCCUGUCCAGCAGCAGGCCCAGACUGUUCAACAGGUUCAGCAUGUUUACCCAGCACAGGUGCAGUAUGUCGAGGAAAACAGUGGCGUCUACACCAAUGGCAACAUAAGAACCUACUCGUACUCAGAGCCGCAGCUGUACAGCCAGAACAGCGGAGGGAGCUACUUCGACACGCAGGGCAGCUCGUCGCAAGUGUCCACCGUGGUGACAUCUCAUGGCAUGACCAACAACGGAGGAGGGGGCACUGGAGGAAUGAGCAUGGGUCUGACGGGGGGUCAGGUAAUCAGCAGCAGUUCUGGGGCUUACCUCAUGGACAACGCUGGACCCCACCCCGCCACCCAGACCGCACGAGCUUCCCCGGCUACUAUUGAAAUGGCGAUUGAGACGCUCCAAAAAUCUGAGGGUUUAUCCAGUCAGAGAAGCUCGCUGCUCAACAGCCAUCUCCAGUGGCUGUUGGACAAUUAUGAGACAGCAGAGGGAGUAAGUCUACCACGAUCCACCCUCUACAAUCAUUAUCUGCGCCACUGCCAGGAGCAGAAACUGGACCCUGUAAAUGCAGCCUCUUUUGGCAAACUCAUCCGCUCCAUCUUCAUGGGACUCCGUACAAGGCGCCUUGGGACGAGAGGAAACUCCAAGUAUCAUUACUAUGGUAUACGUGUGAAACCAGACUCCCCACUCAACAGACUCCAAGAAGACAUGCAGUACAUGGCCCUCAGGCAGCAACCUGUUCAGCAGAAACAGAGGUUUAAACCGGUUCAGAAGUUUGAUGGCGGCUCUGGGGAGAAUUUCUCAGGUGGAGGGCAGCACCACCCCGGUGCAGCCGAGCAGACGGUCAUUGCGCAGAGCCAGCAACACCAGCAGUUUCUAGAUGCAUCACGGGCACUCCCUGACUUUGUAGAGCUGGACCUGGGGCAGAGCAAUACAGAGAACAUCAGCCCAGAGGACGUGAAAGCUCUCCAGUCCCUUUACAGAGAGCACUGUGAGGCUAUCCUGGAUGUGGUUGUCAACCUCCAGUUCAGUCUAAUUGAGAAGCUUUGGCAGACAUUCUGGCGUUAUUCACCCCCUGACACUGUAGAGGGUGCCACCGUAACAGAAAACAGCAGCAUAAGUGAGAUUGAAGCACGGCUCCCCCGAUCACAGCUGAUGGUGCUGUGCAGAAAUGAGGCCGUACUCAAGUGGAUGAGCACCUGUGACCAUUUAAUGUACCAGGCCCUUGUGGAGAUCCUCAUUCCUGAUGUCCUGAGACCCAUUCCCAGUGCCUUGACUCAAGCCAUUCGCAACUUUGCCAAAAGCCUGGAAGGUUGGCUCAAUAAUGCCAUGAAUGCCAUUCCACAGAGAAUGAUCCAGACCAAGAUUGCCGCUGUUAGUGCCUUUGCGCAAACAUUGCGCAGAUAUACAUCUCUGAACCACCUGGCUCAGGCGGCACGCGCCGUGUUGCAAAACACAUCACAGAUCAACCAGAUGCUGAGUGAUCUCAACCGUGUUGACUUUGCCAAUGUACAGGAGCAGGCAUCAUGGGUGUGCCAGUGUGAGGAGGGGGUGGUUCAGCACUUGGAGCAGGACUUCAAGGCCACACUACAGCAGCAAAGCUCUCUGGAGCAGUGGGCAGCCUGGCUGGAUAAUGUGGUCACUCAGGUGCUCAAGCCCUACGAGCACCGGCCCAGCUUCCCCAGAGCAGCUCGACAGUUCCUGCUUAAAUGGUCCUUCUACAGUUCUAUGGUGAUCAGGGACCUGACCCUGCGCAGUGCUGCCAGCUUCGGUUCCUUCCACCUGAUUCGCCUGCUGUAUGACGAAUACAUGUUUUACCUUGUGGAACAUCGUGUGGCUCAAGCUACUGGAGAGACACCCAUUGGUGUCAUGGGGGAGUUUGACAGCCUCAACACCUUAUCCCUUACCAACAUUGAUAAAGAUGAAACGAGCGGGAUGGACAGUGACUUAGAAGAGGACACGGAGGAGUCCGGGGAACCUCUCGCCAAACGGGAGAAGUCGGAACACGAGGUAAUCCAGGUGAUCCAGGUCGGGGCGCUCGAGGACGGGUCUCACCCCGUGGUGGGCGUCGUCCAGCCGGGCGUCCUCCACUCGCUGCCCCAGCCCCCGCAGGACCACACCGAGCACAUCCUAACCCCCUCCGCUGGCACUCCCACCAUCCGUCACUGCAGCACCACAGGCAACACCUACGCCUCCGUUUGAGGGUCUGAAGGCACGGCCGAUCCCCUGUGGCCCCCCAGUUUUUCGCUGUCUCACUCUCCACAUAUCUUUCUCUCUGUAAGUCUCGAUGUUUGCGUCUUUUCCAUGCAUUGUCUCUGUUUUUGCACUUGUGUGGACGUGCUCUCCGUUCCCUAUCCAGCCUGGUCAGUGGAGGAGGAGUGAUGAAAAUGGUGAUGCUCUGGCCAAGAUGUGCUGUCCUUGUCUGACUUGCUUAGAUUCUGGAUGUGCUGUCAUCCCAUUAAGUCUGUGCUCUUAACACAAUGCAGCAGCCGGUGGAAGGGACCUGGAGGAAAAGGACUUAAUUUGACCCGUUAAAUGUUUCCCAUUUAGGUACCGCCUCUGUCUUUGUAUACAGAUGGGUUUUAUUGCGAAGGAAAAUUCAACUCCUUCAAACUACUGAUGUCUCAGAGCUCAAAUCCACGUCACUAGUCCCAGUGGAGCAAAGGCAUUGAUCGACUCACCUAUUGUACAUAGUUUUUGCUGUUCUUUCAAUUGGUAUUACCCAAAACUCAUGGUGCUAUCAUUGUGUUUUGUUUUGUUUUAACUCUCUAGUUAUCCCUCCUAAUUUUAGUAUGAUUUCUGUCGACAUGCAUUCCAACUGCUGAUACACUUUUGGUUUGAACAAAAUGUUUUUUGAGUAUUGUAUGUAGCUAAAAAAAACAAAGGGACAACUUUCUAUUUAUGUAUGACAUUUAAAUAAGGAUCACGGGGCAGUUUUGUCUGUUCCGUUUCGAAGAUCAUUUGGUAGCCACCUGCGGAUAACCACUCAUAGCUUUUAGCCACAGAAAAAGAUCCCCCUAAAGAAAUGUCUGUGCUGCUACUCCUGUACAUAGAAAUGAGAUUGAGAAGAAAGGCUGUUAAAAAAAACACACAAAACGAAAAAAAAAACACUUCCUCAACGCUAGCUUUUCUAUGCACACCGUGCAUAUCGCUUGCCUUUGUUCAUUUUAGACGCUCUGUAGUGUGGUUUAUGUGACGAGCUGUAAUCUUGCAAACAACUUACUGGACACGUUUACCCCCCGGUUUCGCAGUUUCUGUCUUAAGUUCGCAGUGGACCAAAAAAAAAAACUUAAAAAAAACACACACACCAACAAGAGGAAUCGGAGAGGGAGCCACACACACACACACAAAAAAAACAAAAAAAAACUGUUUCCUGUCCCACAGUGCCAUGUUGCAGAGCAGAAGGAAUGUCAGGGAUUUAUUGUACCUCGGCUUUAUCAUAGUGCCUUAUCCUUAAAUGCAGCUGUCCAUGUAGUCCUGACUGUGUGCUGUAAAGAGCCCACAGCCCCUCUGCAUUGUCCCAGCCACAGAUUUGGCUUUUCUGGUGACUCGUGGCUGGAUUUGGGCUGGCUCAUCAGUGUUGAGACCAAGGGAUGCAGGCACAGACACACCUGUUGUUUUCUUCUCUGGAUCAGCUCUUACUAAGCUCGUUACUUCUCUGAAUCACGGUCUUUAAGCCUUGCUCCUGCCCUCACUCUGCCCUCUUGAGGCCUAUUCUUGCAUUAGCCUUUGCUAUCGGGUGAAGCGUGUAUGCGUGGCGUGGCGUGCGUGCGAACGUGGAUGCGUGCGGUAGGUCUGCGCCUGUGUUUUUAUGUGCAUGCGUGUGUGUGUGUGUGCGUCUGCCUGUGUGUCUGCGUGCUUGUGUGUGUAUGUGUUGGAACACAUCCAUCAGUCACCCUACC